GGCGAGGCGAGGCGAGGCGGGCGGAGUCGGCGCGGAGCAGCGAGCCGGGAGGAAGCGGCAGAGAGAAUAUGACCUCAAUGCGUUACUCCCUUUUCCAGCAGUCUCUUUCCUUUCCGAUGUGGGAGGGGACAUACCCCACCAGCUACCUAGAAUAAGAGAUAGCUGGCCCCCCCGGAGGUGUCGUUACAUUGGCAGGAAACGACUGCGAGAGCCACAGCCUUUCGACAGGAAACUUAAUUUUCACACAGAUGUUCCGUUGUUGAGCUGCCCCCACAAAGAGAAAAGGCGUCCAUCCCAUUGGCUCUCUUGGAGACUUUUGCCCAUGUCUUUUGGGGCCUGGGCUAGCUUUCCCAACUUCCCCGCCAUGGGGAUCUGAGCCAGCCCCAGCAAAGUCGAGAGCCGAGACCCUCUUCCUGGCACCCGGGCGACUUGAAGUCUGUGCCUGCUCGCUGUGAUUCUGCAGAUAUGGACACUGGAUUCCCCGGCACCCUCUUGCCCGGCUCUCACCAUGCUAAUUCGUGGGCAUAAAGACUUCCUGGCAGAUGUGGUCUACAUUGUCUUGGAGCUACUCAUCGCGGUUCUGGCCAUCUUAGGCAACGUCCUGGUCUGCUGGGCCGUCUGCCUGAACAGCAACCUCCAGAACGUCACCAACUACUUUGUGGUGUCUCUGGCGGUGGCCGACAUCGCGGUGGGCGUCCUCGCCAUCCCCUUUGCCAUCACCAUCAGCACCGGUUUCUGCGCCUACUUCUAUGGCUGCCUCUUCAUCGCCUGCUUCGUCCUGGUCCUGACCCAGAGCUCCAUCUUCAGCCUCCUGGCCAUCGCGAUCGACCGGAUUAUCGCCAUCCGGAUGCCUCUCAGGUAUAAUGCUUUGGUGACGGGCUCCCGGGCGAAAAGCAUCAUUGGCAUCUGCUGGGUCUUGUCCUUCAUCAUCGGCCUGACGCCCAUGCUGGGAUGGCACAAGCCUGCCUUGGGCAACCAGGGUUCCUCUUCCUCUUUCUCCUCCUCCUCUGCUGGGGUGUGCACCAAUGAGUCCUCUUCCUCCUUCUCAUCCUCCUCCUCCACUACGCCCCCUUCCGGCAACUGCAGCAGCGACAUGUUGGCCUGUCUCUUUGAGUCUGUGGUCACCAUGGAAUACAUGGUCUACUACAACUUUUUCGCCUGCGUCCUCACCCCGCUGCUCCUGAUGUUCGGCAUCUACCUGAAGAUCUUCAUGGCCGCCCGGCGGCAGCUCAAGCAGAUGGAGAACAAGGCGACGCCCGGGGAACGUUCCCGCUCCAUCUUGCAGAAGGAAGUCCACGCGGCCAAGUCGCUGGCCAUCAUCGUCGGGCUGUUUGCCUUCUGCUGGCUGCCCAUGCACACCGUCAACUGCUACAUCCUCUUCCGACAGGGCUGCGGCCGCCCUCCCCUCUGGCUGAUGUACCUCGCCAUCAUCCUCUCCCACGCCAACUCCGUGGUGAACCCUCUGAUCUACGCCUACAGGAUCCGGGAGUUCAGGCUGACUUUCCGCAAGAUCAUCGGGCAGCACAUCCUGGGCAGAAAGCAACGCUUCAAGGGGACCACGGCCAGCCGGAGGUCCUCUGCUCACGCGGAGGAAGACGGCGAGAGUGCCGGCAUGCAGAUCACCAAGUACGCUCUGAACUUCUACGCCGGAGGGGACUUGGAGGGCAUCCACAGGGACGGGGAUUGGGGGAAAACCAAAGUGGGCUUGGAACUGCGCCAGAGCAAGAAGGUGCUGGCCGGGGAGGCAAAUGGCCAUGCAGCCCAUCCCUGCAAAAAUGGGGAUCUCUCCAAAGCCUGCAGAGACAUGGAGUUGCUGAGCCAAGAGCUGCUGGCCAUUCGGGACUCUUACGCCACUGACCUGGAGACUUCGGCCGUAGAAGCCUCUGAUGGGUCCUGAGGCCCCCUCAGGAUGCAACGCGGCUGGAAUGAAAUCUUCCCUCUCCCCAGUGGUCUGCUUUCGUUGCAGCAAGAAGGGAGGGAAAGAAGGAGAGAAGGGGAGGGCAAAGGUUUGGGUCCUUGCGAUGGAAGGGGAGGGGUCCCUGACACAACUGACAGAAAGACCUGAAGCGGCCUGGGGAGAAGGCAGGAAAUGGCCAGGGGGCUUUUUCCCAGCCAAAGGUCAAAGGUGAAGAUGGGCGGGACACAGAGACACCCUUCUUGUUGCCUUUGGAAGACUCUGCUGGGGGAGGGCCCGCGGCAACAUCCGAUGUUGCUUGGGACAUCUGUGGCUGCCGGUGGCCAAAGCCCAGUUGUACCAGGAGAAAAUGAAAGGGUCAAUAGGAAGGAGCUUCAUAGUGCUGAGGGGCUGUGGUUCCUGCAUUUCAGGGGGUUGGACUAGAUGACCCUUGGGGUGCCUUCCAACACUACAAUUCUAUGAUUCUGUGAAGAGCAGAAUGGGAAGUUUUUUGCUGGACACCCAGCUAGGGUGAUACCAGGCUCAUUCCUGGAGCUGGCGAGAGAGAGAGAGCGUGCGAGAGCGCAUGGUUUAGAGGCAUUAGAGACACAUCCAUUUGUGUAAAAUCUUAAACAGGAAGCUUUAUGAUGCGAUUUUGAUUUUCCUCUGGCUGCCAUAAGUCUCCUUGGGGACUUCUGCAGGGCAGGGCAGUUGCCUACUUAGCCUCUUCCACCAGGCCGUCUCCUAGGUAGGGUCUGGCAUGAUGGAAAUCAGUAGGUGACUGUGCUCCAGUUUGCUCCCAGGGCACGGGUGCCUUUGAGAUGAUUAGGGGGGUGAACUUGCUCAGCAGAGAGGUAGCUUCCCAAGGGACCACCUGCCUACAGCUGGCAAGGAGUGCCUGCACGGGUCACCCACAAAGCUGGCCCAGCACAGAUCUACACACUGAGAGAGUCCCUGGGACUCAGCCCUAGAACCACCUGGAUUUGAACUCAGUGCCUAUAUGAGAAACAACCCAGAGGGCUACUGCUUUUAAGGCCCAAUGCCAGAUUUCUCCCCAGAGCUGUGUCUGCUAGCCAGAAACAUCUUGGCAACCUUUCCAAACAGCUCCCAGAUGCAAAACUCGUCUCUCUCCGUGCCCCCCUCCCCCCCUUGUGGUCUGGACCUAGCUGAAAUCUGCCAGGCAAACCUGUUUUACAAGCGACUGCUGUUCUUCUUGGUGAAGGCGACAGCACCACGGACUGUUGAGCAUCAGUCGAGCAGUUGUUGUUAUGGCGGCCAAGCUCUAACAUGACAAAAUGGCAGCUUUGCAUCGAGGAGGGCCGGCUGGGCUUGUCUUGGGGUUUUGUACACAGAGUCAGAACGGGCCUCUCAUUUCAACCAAAAUGGUCACCCAUUGAAGAAAUGUGACGGAGGACCUUCGGCAGGUAGGAGGAGGAGAUGGCAGAGAUGGAAGAGGGCGCUUGAGGGGGCAGGGUAGAGGCUUCUCCCUGUGACCACACAAGGAGGGCUAUUCAGUCUGGUGCAUCACCCAUCCUUCUGAAACCGUCCAUCUUCUAGUGUUCACUGAAUGUUUGCCCUUUGUUAUUGUCAUAGAUCAUGCUCUGUCCCCCCCCCCAUUUUAAUAAGCUUUUGUUUCUGUUUUCAAGCGGCGUAAAACUGAUUUUUAAAAAAAUAAAGCUAAAACAAAUGGUGACGUCUAA